UCUGUGAAGCAGCAUUCUCCAUGUUGUAGGGAGAGAAUCAUGCAGGAAGUGAUGGAAACAAGUGAUGGGGAGAAAACUAAUUGCUUUCCUGCAUAACAAGAUCAAGGCGCGCACGCACACACACACACACACACACACACACACACCCGGUAAGCAUGAGCCUCCAUUACCACAGCCUUAUUCUCUCCUGAUCCUGCUCUGUCGCUGUUCCCUGCUGUCCUGCUGUCCGUCAGCACAAGCUGCAGCAGUCACAAGAAAGUGUCUGUCUGCAAGUCCAAAAGCCCGGGAUCAUACAAAGCAGGGUGGAAAGCAGGAAGUAUCUGGGAGGAUAAAAUUGCGCAAGGCUUAUACAAGAGGUCCAAGCCUUGCUGUACCCACAGAGAAAAAGUUACGUGGCGAGGACAAAGCAAGACAAAACGGAGGGCAGUGGUCCGGAUCCAGCAGUGGACAGUGAAGAAGAGUGAUGUACAGAUCGGAUCCCAUGUGCUGUUCAGAUUUCUCAGGAUCCAGUGGGAGCCAGCUCCUCUGUCUGAACGAGGCACCAGCGCUGAGGUGAACACAUAUACUCUCUCUCCCUCCCUCUCUCUCUCUCUCCCUCUCUGUCUGUAACGCACACAACCACACGCUCUGCCUUGGCAGCCCCUGCCAGUCAGUCGCCUCCCUGCGACAGCCACAUUCGCCUGCUCGUUUGCAAAUGACGGGAGACAGAGGAGCAGCAGGACGGAGCCUCGGCUUUAAAGGGAAACUAAGUGGAGACACCCUGCUGGGGAACGAGCCAUCUUGUGACACUGAUGUGUGCGAGGGUCUCUCGCCUGACCGAAGCAACGUUCUUCAUCCGACACUUUUGAGAUUUCUGACCUGGGGUCACGUCCCGGCUUUCUGAACCGAGCGUAUCCACGUUUCCCUUUCCCUUCCAUCAGAGCUAUUUAUGAUGCUCUUCUGAGGACUGCUUCCGAGGACCAUGUUUUACGCUCACGUUCACCUCUCUAACGUGAAAUCACGUCUUCAAAAGUUAUGACUGCGGGAUUAAAAGUCUGAUAUCCCAAGUCGCUUGCUCCUGAGACUUUCUGCCAUUCGUUCACCUCCUGAAGUUUCCUGAGUUUUUUUUUUCCUUCAUAUCACAUCAGUUCAACUGCUGGGAAAAGGCAGUGCAUCCCCCCUCCCCUUUCCCCUCACCCUCUGCUGUGGAAGAGGUAACAUCUCACAUCCAGCCUCUCUCGAUGCCGGCUCUGCUUCUUUCUGCAAGUGUCACGCGGCAACAGACAGGUCCUUCCUCUCCGGGGCGUCUCGUCCUCCUUGGCACAACCCCUGCCGACCUGGCAACAGUUGGGAAAUAAUUCACAAGUCCCCCCUGGCUUCAGCUGGAACCUGAACACAGAUAUGAAGAGCAGUCACCCCACCAUUUAAGUUCACAGAGACAUACUCAAACCAAAGGCCUGUGGUAAGGAUGAGGCCCUCCCACUGGUCACAACGAGGGAGGCUGCUCGUGCUGUUGCAACUGCUACUGAGCUGUUGGGUGGGGCCGGCGCUACCCAAGUCCCUGGAGCGGCGGGAACCGUCGGAACUCCAGGAUGUGGUGCUGGCGGUCAUUCUGCCCCGGAACAACACAGCCUACCCCUGGGCCUGGCCCCGCGUGGGCCCGGCGCUAGAGCGGGCGCUGGCCCGUGUCAACGCCGACCCCACCCUACUGCCGGGCCACCGGCUGCGCUACGUGUUCGAGAACAGCGAGAACGAGGCGGGCAUCUGCUCCGAGUCCAUCGCCCCGCUGGUGGCCGUGGACCUCAAGUUCUCCCACAACCCGUGGGCCUUCGUGGGACCCGGCUGCGACUACACCUCCUCCUCCGUGGGCCUCUUCACCACCCACUGGGGGCUGCCCAUGGUGACGGCGGGCGCGCCGGCCAUCGGCUUCUACGGCACCAACGUCUACACCUCCAUCACCAACACGGGCCCCACGCACAAAAAGCUGGGCCAGUUCGCUGUGCACCUCCAGCGCCACUUCGGCUGGCGCCACCACGCCUUGCUCAUGUUCUCCGACAACAAGGUCGACCACCGGCCCUUCUACUUCGCCGCCGAGGGGCUGUAUACGGAGCUGAGCAGCGACAACAUCACCACCGCCGACCUGGUGCUGAACGAGCAGGCCGGGCCCAUCCCAUUCUCCACCUUUGUCCAGGACAUCAAGCAGAAUGGUCGUGUGGUGUACGUGUGUUGCGUGUGGGACACGUUCCGGCAGCUGAUGAUACAUUUCCGGAAGGCUGGCCUGCCGCAGGAGGAGUAUGUGUUCUUCUACAUCGACGAGUUCGGCCUCAGCCUGGACUCCCGGCCCGCCCGGCCCUGGGCCAAGGGGGACGCCGACGACCCCAUCGCCAAGGAGGCCUUCCAGAGUGUGAAGAUCUUGACAUACAGAGAGCCCCAGAACCCUGAGUACAAGGAGUUUGUGAAGGACCUGAAAGCAGAUGCCAAGAGGAUGUUUAAUUUCACUGUGGAAGACUCGCUGAUGAACCUGAUCUCCGGCGGCUUCUACGAUGGAGUGAUGCUAUACACCCAGGCCCUGAACGAGACCAUCGCACGGGAGGGGGGGAUGCCGCAGGGGAAGACUGUCACCAAGAGAAUGUGGAACCGCACCUACCAUGGAGUGACAGGACUGGUGCAGAUAGAUGAAAACGGCGAUCGGGAAAUCGAUUUUGCUCUGUGGGACAUGACUGACACUGACUCAGGUGUCUUCCAGAUUGUGUCUGUUUACAAUGGCACCCUGAAGCAGAUGGUGUUAGAGCCCGGGAUGAAGAUCCACUGGCCAGGGGGCGCUGUUCCGUUCGACGUGCCCCUCUGCGGCUUCAAGAAUGACAACCCCAGCUGCUUAGCACAGACCGUCACAAUGCACCAGAUGAUCUUCGUCGUGGUGUGCUUCAUCUUCAUCAUCAUCAUCACUGUCGCCAUCUUCAUAUACAGGAAGCUGAAGCUGGAGAAUGAGCUGGCCGCCCAGCUGUGGAGGGUCAACUGGGAGGACAUCCAGAUGAGUAACCUGGAGAAGGUGCUGCGAAGAGCCUGCAGCAAGCUCACUCUGUCCCUGAGGGGAUCCAACUACGGCUCACUCCUGACCAUGGAGGGAAACUUCCAGAUCUACGCCAAGACAGGCUACUAUAAGGGUAAUAUUGCUGCCAUUAAGUACUGCAACAACAAGAAGCGCAUUGAGCUGACCAGGAAAGUCCUCUUUGAACUCAAGCAUAUGCGGGAUGUCCAGAACGAACAUCUCACUCGCUUCAUCGGCGCCUGUAUUGACCCCCCCAAUAUCUGCAUCAUUACUGAGUACUGCCCUCGUGGGAGUCUACAGGACAUUAUGGAGAACGAGAGCAUCACCUUGGACUGGAUGUUCAGAUACUCACUCAUCAAUGAUAUUGUUAAGGGUAUGCUCUUCCUCCACAACAGUGUGAUCGUAUCCCACGGCAACCUCAAGUCGUCCAACUGUGUGGUGGACAGCCGCUUCGUGCUGAAGAUCACGGACUACGGCCUGGCGAGCUUCCGCAAUGAGGUGGACACCGAGGACGCCCACGCGUACUACGCCCGGAAGCUGUGGACGGCCCCAGAGCUGCUCCGUGCAGAGUGCCCUCCGCCCAGCGGGACCCAGAAGGGCGACGUCUACAGCUUCGGCAUCAUCCUGCAGGAGGUGGCGCUGCGCAAGGGGGCCUUCUACCUAGAGGGGGAGCCACUGAGCCCCAAAGAGAUCAUUGACCGUGUGGCCCUGGGGGAGUGGCCCUACUUACGCCCGGCGAUCAACCCUCAGAGCCACAGCGAGGAGCUGGGUCAGCUGAUGCAGCGCUGCUGGUCUGAGGACAUAUCCGAGAGGCCCGACUUCAGCCAGAUCAAGCUCAUACUGCGCAAGCAGAACAGAGAGAACGGCUCCAACAUCCUGGACAACCUGUUGUCCCGAAUGGAGCAGUACGCCAACAACCUGGAGGAGCUGGUGGAGGACCGCACUCAGGCUUAUUUGGAGGAGAAGCGAAAGGCAGAGGCCCUGCUCUACCAGAUCCUACCCCACUCGGUGGCAGAGCAGCUGAAAAGGGGUGAGACGGUGCAGGCCGAGGCCUUCGACUCCGUCACCAUUUACUUCAGCGACAUUGUGGGGUUCACCGCCAUAUCAGCCGAGAGCACCCCCAUGCAGGUGGUGACCCUGCUCAACGAUCUCUACACUUGUUUCGACGCCAUCAUCGACAACUUUGAUGUUUACAAGGUGGAGACGAUAGGCGACGCCUACAUGGUGGUGUCGGGGCUGCCAGUGAGGAACGGGAAGCUUCACGGGCGGGAGAUAGCCCGCAUGUCACUGGCGCUGCUGAAGGCCGUGCGCUCCUUCAAGAUCCGCCAUCGGCCCGACCAGCAGCUCAAACUGAGGAGUGGCAUCCACAGCGGCCCGGUGUGUGCAGGUGUGGUGGGGCUGAAGAUGCCGCGGUACUGUCUGUUUGGGGACACAGUAAACACCGCCUCCCGCAUGGAAUCUAAUGGCGAGGCCCUAAAGAUCCAUGUGUCCGAGGCCACACGAGCCGUGCUGGAGGAGUUCAACUGCUUCCAGCUGGAGCUUCGCGGAGAUGUGGAGAUGAAGGGCAAAGGCAGGAUGAGGACCUACUGGCUGCUGGGCGAGAGCACGGGGAGCGCGUGAAGGAGUGAGGGGGAGAGAGAGAGAGAGCGGGGGAAACACGGGAGCCAGGAGAGGGGGCCGGAAAACACGGACGAGAGGAGGACGAGCACCCCGCCCGCGGCCCUGAGAAGAACACUUUGAAACACGCACUCCGCCUUUGUCGACGGUCACUCAGAAGCGAGCACGGUCUCAAGCCCACGCUCUCGACGCGGAAGGGCCAGUCGUCCCCAUCAGCACUUACUUUUCUAAUUGCGUCAGGACUCAGAUGUUUUUGUAAACAGUAUGUGACAUCUUUGUUCUGUAGUCACGCAGCCUGGCGUUGUCCCCUCUCCCCACCUUGUUCGCCAAAGCGCCCUGACGCUAGCGUUUGUGGACAGUGCCAUCUGGUGGUUCUGUGAUGUAACUGUCUUUCAUUUUUAUGUUUUUUUUUCAUUUGUCUUAGAGGUGCAUUUGUGAGUAAUA